AUGAAACUCCCAACUUCAAUAACACGGCUAGUGAAUUUACAAUCACUCUACCUUGAGAAGUUGCCCAGGGACAUGAGCAAGUUGGUGAAUCUGAGACACCUUAAGUUGGCAGAGAGUAAGAAGUUGAGGCAUAUGCCCAUGGGAUUGGGGAAGUUGACAGAUCUUAGAACAUUAGAUACUUUCAUAGUGGGCAACCAGUUUGAUUCAGAGGCUGGUAUUAUGGGCAGGCUAGCAGAUCUAAAUCAACUGAACAACCUAAGUGGAAAUUUGGAUAUUGAGGUGCGUAGGGAGUCAAAGUAUAUAGCGUUAUCAGAGAUUAGUGCAACAAACUUGAAUAUGAAAGAAAACCUCCGAGAACUGAAUAUAAGAUUUGAGAAUGGCACAAAAGAGGAUAAGAGGGUGUUAGAAUGUCUCAAGCCCCCUUAUAAUCUAAAGAUACUCAAAAUAGAUGGGUAUGGAGGGGAGAGGUUACCAAGUUGGAUGAUGGAUAGUCUACAUAAUCAUCUUCCUUGCUUGACAAUGAUAAAGAUUAAACGUUGUAAAUCAUGCAAAUAUCUGUGCUCCUUUGGAAGGCUCCCUCAUCUGGAAUAUCUAUUUCUCAGUGGGUUAGAUGAAGUAGAGUAUGUGGCGGAUAAUGAGAAUGAGUUGUCCCAAGCCCCCUUAUUCCCUAGCCUAAUACAUUUACGAGUCAGUGUGAUGCCAAAACUGAAGGGAUGGUGGGAGAUGACAAGUAGUGAGCAAGAUUCAAAAGAGGAUAUCCAACUCCAUGUCCAGGUUCAACAUCAGCAUCUCGUUAAUUGGAAGCCUGCAUUCCCCAAAUUACGUACGCUAGAUGUGGACAGUGCGGAGUUGGCGAUUACAAUUACCAGGCAGCAGAUAGGUGGUUUCACCUCUCUCAAGGAACUCUCUAUAUCGCCUUCAAGUAUUGGUGAGCAGUCUCAUCAGCAACAAGCAUGUACCCUCCCAUUUAGUAGUUGCUUUCCCAACCUGCGCCUCCUGGAAUUUUGGUUCCUAAAAAUAAAGGUUCUUCCAGAGGGAAUUCGAGAUCUAUCAACCCUUCAAACCUUGAAAAUCUAUGGAUUAGAAAAUAUCAAAGAAAUACCAGAAUGGAUUGACAGUCUCACCUCCCUACAAAAACUUGAUUUCAAACGGUGCCAAAGAUUGGAAUCACUGCCGCAUCAAAUAGUAAACCUCCCAAACUUGAACACACUUUCUAUUAGCUUAUGCGACAAACUUAGGGAGAAGUGUCAGAGUCCAAAUGGAGAAUACUGGCACCUUAUUCAACAUAUUCCUUGUUUAAAUAUAUACUAG